AUUGGAUGCUUUGUACAGGCUUCGAAUGUGCUGAAGGUCGUUGGUUUCUUCAAGAGGUCCCUCAUUGGUUGAGAAUAAUGGUUAUCAGCUAGCGUAUUGUACUAUGGGGAAUGCCCAUGCCUUAGAGAAACAUCAGCUUUCAAAUGUUGGGAGUGGAACAUCGAGUUCUGUGGGUAUAAAAGAUUUUGAAAGUCGUUGGAGAUCUUUUAUGAAUUCACUUGAUUUAUCAGCCGAACAUAUAAAACAAAUUGAAUUAUUAGAUGAAGGGAAGAAGGCAGAACUACUGUCAAACUAUGUACUAAAGAAGUUGUUUUUAUAUUUUUUCCAGGAAUCAAAAAACCCUAGGUGCUCUGCUUUUCACUAUGUUACGCUUUUAAAAGCUACUCGGAUUGAAUUCAUUUGGGUUCGUUCCAUACUUCCUCACCCAAUUUUUGUAGAAAAAGAAAGUCGAUGGUUCAUCAUUUCGGUCUCUAUUAUCGUCAAUAGAGAUUUCUCUUCGCACCAACAAUGUUGAGUAAUUUAGUGCAAAAUAUUCGAAUUCUAGGUGGGUUUAUGACUUUUUAGAUCUCGAGGGCCUUGAGACACUAGUCGAUCUAAUGUUACAAUGUAUGCAUUUUCUAUCAGGGUUAGUCCGGUAUUAUGAUCAUUCCCUUCAGACAGGACACAACACUCGGACCACGAAUAUUAUACGGGUGUAAAUCCUCAGGCGAAACUUAUCGGGAUCGUUACGAAAUGUCUUGCAAUGCAGAAGUUCCUAACUUCAUUCGUAAUAGUGGCGUAAAAUUAAACCAUUUUUCACCAGACAAUGCAUUUUUACCUCCAUCGAUUAUUCACAGUAGCUGUUCACCAAAAGGCUCUCUACUCACUACAUCGUUCUUAGACUUUCUGGAAGAUUGCCUGCAUCUGUCUCUUCGUUCACUUAAGGCCAUAUUGAAUAAUCAGGUUGGUUCUGCUAGUCAUUAUCAUUGACCUUUUUAGAGAGGGUGUAGAAGAGCUAUGGAGCAUGCACUUGUCAUUAGUCUAGUAACUUUCUGUCUCCUACAUCCCAAUUAUUCGUAAGUAUCACGAUUAAAUGUCGGCUUAUAACUUGUUUUUGCAUAUUUUUGCGCUAAUAUAACGUUUUAUUGUGUUAGUGAGGUAAGUCAAAGUAUGAAAUAGAAUUCAGUCCACUCUCUUUAACGGCACUUACAUUUCUCAAAGCUGUAUCCUGUGAGAUUUGGUGCCUGCUUCCACUUAUGGGUUGAGUGUGUACGCUUUUCUGGCUGAAAAUAGUUAAGAUAAGUUUAGUGCAGUCAUACAUAUGUUAACUUGGAUAUUUUAGGUCCUAGUUUGACGUUAUUGUUGUUAGUGUAGUAGUGUAUUUUGGGUCAUUCAUUUUUGCGCAAAGUUCCUUUUACAUGAUUCGACACCUACGAUGACCUCCCACAAAAAAAGGAACUACAUUCAUGACUUGCUCUGACUAUGGACUGAGAGAAGCGUGAUCCCUAUUACGUCUCACACUAGCUCCGGAUGGAUGUUAUCCUUUUAUGAUCAAGUUAUAAUACCUCGUUUGUGCUUGUUGCAACCGACUAGCGUAACUUAAAACAUUUUGUGAAUCCUCUGCUUUUUUGUACUCUCACUUUAUCGUAAUAUACACUACUGUUAAAUUCUACAACUGAGUUGUGCACACAUCCAUUAUUGGUGUCAACUUUAAACCUUGCUUCUUGUGGUUUUCAGCCACUUAUUUAACAGCCUGCAGGUCAGUCACAUAGCCCGGAGUGAUAGUUGGUGACUAAAAAUUAUCACUUAUCAACUUGGUUUUCCACCUUGUACUCUGACAAACAUUGCUUGCCGUAUGGGCUGACUUAGCGCAAAUAACACAUGUCGGGGUCUCUACAGCCAAUAUUAAUACAUAGCUUCAUCUAUUGUUUUACUUUUAUGAGCACUGCUGACUUUGUUUGGUGCUUAGUGAUUCACACAUCUAGUAGGUAUGUUGUAAGUGAGGUCUAUCAAACAUAAUAGCGCUUCCUACACAUUGUUUCACUGCUAUUUUACGUUAAAUAACAAUUUAUCUGGGACUGAUAAAGGUAUGUGGUUGCAACUCGUAACUGCGUCUCAUUCAUUGAGAUAAAGACUUAUCAUCUUAAUAGUCCGUUUUUCGCUUAGUGAACGCAAGAUUUCGAGCACAAUUUAUUCCAUCUAAGUUAGCGUAGACAUGAGUCCUGAGGUGUCCGAGGCAUUUCAAAAGUCGGAGAUGGGGUUCAGGGAUCUCAAGACAUUUUAUUCAAAGUAUCAAGGAAACAUUAUUUUGAUAGAUUAUGGUGUUUAUGUAUUGUGGGAAUCGCAAGAUUUGUAUGUGUUGUAUACCAUUGCCAUUUACACAGUAUUCAGAAUAUCGUUUCUGGUGAAUCAACAAAAUGUUAAAUAUUGAUCAAAGAUUUGUAAACAAACGCAUUUUAAUUGAUGGUUUGUCGUUUCGAGAUUAUUCAUCUGAAUUGCUGUAAUUAGUCUGUUCUCAAAGGACUAAUCAUCAAAUCUCCCUAAAAUUCAUUUCUGACAAAGUAAAUGAAUUAGUAACCUCUUAUCGAAUCAUUUAUAUGGGUUCGCCUAAAGUUCAAUCAACUCAAUAAAUGGGAACCAGCUGUAACUUUAUUCUUGGGAAUAUUUUUUUUGUAGAACAAAAACGCUAGCACUAGACAUGCUCACUGCAUUGUGUCUAAUUGAAGGUGGACACGUAAAAGUCUUGCAGUCAUUCGACAGGUUACGCGUUGUGAUGGGUGAAGGAUUGAGAUUUGAGCUUCUUUUGGCAGCAUUCAGAUACCACGAAUCGCUUGAUGUAGAAAACUACAAUCUAGAUUUUGCAGUAACUUGCGUACAGUUUCUCAAUAUUAUUGUUCAUUCACCAGAGAAUAUAAAUUUACGAGUAUAUUUACAAUAUGAACUCCACCUACUUGGAUUUGAUGAUUUGUUAAAACAAAUUCGUGAUCGUUCUGGAUCACGAUUAAAAGUUCAAAUUGAAGCCUAUUUAGAUAAUCGUGUAGAUUGUUCAUUACUGCUAGAAGAUGCUGAAGCUAAAGAGGCAGCUGUUCUGGAACAAGAGCGUUUAGAAAAACAAUUGGAAUCAGAAAUGAUUAUAUCUAAAAAAUCUGAAGAGAAUUUCAAGCUCAAAGAAACUGAACUUCUUCGUGUUGCUGAAUCAUUACGUAUGAAAAAACGAGAAUUCGAAGUAGCUGCUGCUGAUCGUGAAUCUGCAUUGUAUAAACAAAUCAAUGAAUUACAUCGUAACAUUCAGUUGGCUCAACUAGAAAUAUCUGAUUUGAGACAAAACUUGCAUCUUUUGCAAACGUGUACCACGAAGUCAUUUACUACAAUGUCCACUUCAACACAUUUUGAAAAUUCAAGGGGGAAUUCAUCAAUAGCAAACAAUAGUACUAACCCCAAUUCCUCAUCUGAUCCACCCACAUUGGUAACGCGAGCUAUGUCUACCGAAGAUAAUUUUUCUUCUUUGCACCACUGUAACGGUAACAAUGGGAAACAAGAUAAUUAUCAUCCUAGUCCUUCUGGCUCCGAAACCUCAUUAAACACUGACACUAGGGACAUCAACUGCAAUAAACAAGGCUCUUCAAGUGUUUAUACCGACGCAACUUCAUCAUUAAUGUAUCAGCCUAAAUUGGAUGUUCAGUAUAAUACUGAAAAGCAACAAGAAGCACCCGUAAAACCCCAAAGAAAAAUAACGGAUCAAAAAGUAAAUAAUCUAUUUCCAUCUUGUACCCUACGAAAUUCUACUACAUGCAAACAGUUAGCUAACCAAGCAGCUAAUUAUUUAGCCGAACUAGUCAAAUUAGUUUCUAGUUUAUCAGCAACAGAACUGUUCAGUGCUGAACAUGAUUCAUCCAAUGAUCAUUUAAUUAUGAUUUAUCCAAUCGGUUGGGAAUUUGCAUAUCUUCCUCCUUGUCCUUCUCAUCGAUAUCAUGAUGAUAGUGUGACCACACAAUUAACAACAUCACUGGAUACUAUAUUCAACGAUCAAAUAUUCAGGACAUGUUAUUUAGCGAAUAUAUCUAUGAAAGCUGAAGGAAUCUGUACCAACUCCGAAGAUUUCUUUCAUAUUUAUUCUAAUCAACUACCGGAUUUAUGGUUUAAUGCAUACAAAAAAAUAUCACAGAAUUUAUCAAACAAACAACAAACUUUAACAUCAGUUAAUUCAUUGCAUAAGACUGAUGAUUCAGUUAAUACAAAACAUACAAACAUUUUUGAUGAUCUCCAUAGAUUGGGACUUUUAGAAACCUCCUCUAAUAAUCAGUCACUGGAAAAUAUUGAAGCAGUCAAAAUCAUCUGUAAGGAUAAGGAGAUCAAAGAUAAUUUCUCUAAAUCAAAAUUAACUGAAUAUUUAUUACAUUUGAAAUUGAAUCCUAUUAUUGCACAACGUUUAAUAAAUGAAAUUUAUUAUAUAACAGAAAAUCUUAUAAGUAAUAAUAAUAAUAGUUUUAUGAUAAUGAAUUCAUCAACUAUUGAAUUAUUUGAUCAAAUGGAAAACAUAUUUCAAAAGUAUUUUAAUCAAUUUAAUAUGGACAAAUUAUUCUUUUGUAUUACUGAUACUAAUAAAAAUCAACAACGUUGGUUCUAUUUACUCAGUUUACUUCAUGGUAAUCUUAUUAAAUUUACUCUAAUUGAAGAAUUGAAACUUAUUAACGAGAAUAUAUCAUUAGUUCUUGAAUGUUGUACAAGUCUACUAGUCAGUACUAAAUUACCAUUAAUUAUACAAUUAGUUUGGAGAUGUACAAAUAUGUUAUUGAAUAACCACAAAUCAACUGGUUUUCAAUUGAAAAGUUUAGAUUCUCUGAUAGAUUGGCAGUUCACGUCUCCACGAAUAUCUAAUACCAAAAGUCAAAUAGUCCAACACGAUCAACAAUCCUCCAUAACAGAGAUUCAAGUUAAUGAGGUGAAGUUUUUGAAAACAGACUUCAUGUCAAUGUUUGUCAAAUAUAUCAUGAAAAUUUCACCAAGUUUAUUAAAUUGGACAUCGGAAUUAAAUCAGUUGGAUGUUGUGUCAAGAAUUUCAAUAUCUGAUUUAUUCAAACGUAUAGAAUAUGUCAAAUCAAAUUUAACAUUUUUAAUUCAUUAUUCUAAAACUACUGAAUUUGCAAAUAGUAGUAGUAAUAAUUGUACUAAUGACAAUAAUAAGGAUGACAAAAUGAGAAGCCAAGGUAAUUUGUCAUUAGAAAAUGUAGCGUUGAUUAGUCGUUUAUUUGAAUUUUUAACAAAAACAUCAGAGACAGUAUGGUGUAUUUUACAUUCAACUGCUUAUUGGAUUAAGAGAUUUCAACCGACAUCAUUAUCUACAUCAACAAGUAAUAUGAUGUUAUCGGAUGAUUGGUUAAAUCCACUUGUCAGAUUCGCUUCUUCAUUCAAGAAUUGUGUCAAUGAUCUCGAUAGAAAAUCACGUCAUUCUCAAAAUUCCUCAUUAAAUAUACACGAUACUCAGUCUUCUAGUCAUUCACAUCAUCGUCACAGUCAAAAACAUUUGAAAGAACAAGAUAAGAUUUCAUCCUCAUCAAAACGUGGAAAUCGUCAUCGUAAGCUACGUACUCGUCAACUAGAUACAGAUGGUCUAAUGGAUGAUAUAUUACACAAUCUCACUUUGAAUCCUCUAAGAGCAGACAUACAUGUGAAACGAUCAGAUAAGAUUGAUUAGAUCAAUGCAACUUCUUUGCACUUCAAUGACAUUAUACAGUUUUCAUGAUGAUAAUACGCGAACCACGUGCUGUUUUGUAAGAAGUCUUCCUACGAAUACACAUUCCCGUGAAUGGAAACCUUUAUCCUUUCAUUUAGGGAGAUUCAUCUUACCGUUUAUUUGAUCUGCUUUAUUUUCAUGAUAUUUGUACAAAUUAUUUAUUUUAUUGCUAUGUAUUACUACUUAUACAUAUGCCUUUAAGCAGACAGUUAUUUUAUGCAUUACCUUGACACUUAUCGUGCGUUGUCCUUUUGAAUGUAAUUAUUUAAACUUAUAAAAGUUUAUACCUCCAUUUUUAUUCUUGUAGUAUUUCCUCCGAUCCCUUCGGGAAAACUUCGUCUGUCUGUCCCGAUUGUUUUGUUUUAGGCUAUUGAAUGCUCCUCAAUAUAUGUAUAGAGGUACUUAUUCCUAUAUAUAUCGACUGCAUAAUAUCGUUUACAUAUGCCUCACCAGUGUCAUUAUUAUUUGUUUGUUAAAUACUGUAAACAGAUUACUUUACUUCUUAUCACCCUAAACUUUGUUUCUUUUUACAUCAAUAAAUAAAGCAUUUUAUUUCUGUCAGCAGU